UGUUUGUGCAAUAUUUGUGGAAGUACUCAAAGGCUUUGGAAUUUAUUUACUAUGUUCUAUGUUAUUUCAACAAGAAGACGUCUACAGCUUUAGCCUAAAUUGCGUGACUAGGAAAAUCUCUAGUGCGACCAUUGAAUCGUUGAUCUCAGAUUUUCGUGUUAGUUGCUCUUUGACACAACAUGAAAGAAGAGUUUACUAUGCGUUUGCCUAGGAAGCUUUAGCUGCAGCAGACAAAUACAGGGCGCGAAUAUCGGGGUUGCUGCUGAGACGAGACAAAAUUCACUUCCCAUAUUCAAGUCCACUAAAAUUGACUUUGAUCUCCCUCUCUUGAUUAAGAUACGCUGCGAAGUUUGAUGAGCAUGCGCGUCAGCUGCUCUCCGCUGGUCCUUACCCGGUACUAGUCCCUCCUGAGGGCUCAGUGUAUGACUAUUGCCUGGACUUUAGUAAAGGUGGACUGGUGAAGUGGGAGGAGAGACCUGGCACACAGUUAAAAACACUGCCUUCGUCCUACACUGUCGUGACUGAGUUGGACCGCUACUUCUACCUUGUUGACCUGAUGGUAUCUACCCGUCAGCCAGUGCUGUUAGUUGGUCCCUCAGGGAUAGGAAAGUCUUCUCUGGUGCAGAACUUGAUCAACCCACGGCACAGUGCCACCCGGAUUUGCCUGUCACCAGGCCUGACUUCAAAGCUGCUUCAAGAGGCGAUCGAACACAAGCUUCAACAAAUUCAACGCAAGGAGAUGAGUCAAGUGUCAUUUAAAAAGGGGAGUGUGGCAGUAAAGAAUCUUCCUGGUUCCAAAUCUCGUACCCAGCUCAUGUUUCUUGACGAUCUGAACUGUGCUGCUGUUGACGCUUUUGAAAUUCAACCUCCGCUUGAGCUCCUGCGGCAAAUCCUCUCACAAGGCACGCUGUAUAACAAGCAACGAUAUCACUUGUAUAGAGUCCAACACCUUCAGUUCAUGGCUGCCUGUGUACCUCCCGGUGCGGGAACCUCCUGUGGAGGAGUGGCAUCGUAUUCUAUCAGUCAUCGUUUGUCCAGGCUGAUGACAGUCCUGUCAUUCUUUCCUCUGUCUUCUGAUUCACUGGAGACGAUCUACUCUUCAGUUUUUCUUUCUUGGUUGGAGGAGUUUCCAGCAUAUUCCCUAACCCAUCAUGAACAUCUGGCAAAGGUAAAACAACUAGGGAUACUUUGAACGUACAUAGCUGCCAAGACCCAGGACCCAGUUGGUUGAAAGGUGGACGAAGCUAUCCACCGGAUAAGUCACUGUCUAGUGGGUAACAGACUGUAGUGUUA